UUCUGGUUUUAUACGUAAGGGAGAUUGUUCCUUUUCAGCCUGAGCCACUUGCACAAAUCCCAGCCGCAGAAGCACCACCGGUUAUGUGGGAAGUUGGCAUGGAUAUGCUCGAUUACCCGGAGUUCUACAACGCUCAGAGGGACGGACGACUUGUAACAGCUGACGCAGCUUUCUGGAAUGAGAUUAUCGACGAGAACUAUCAGUCUCUAGAAGAUGUUUACCUCGUCACCAACAGCAGGAACAGGACAUAUGCGGGACUGACUAUUGGGCAGACAUCAUCUGCUGACACUGAAAUAAUUAGCAGUCAGAUUGUAGGAGACGUGGCCCCACGCCGGAACGGGAGUGAAGGUACUGCAGGUGGUUCUGUUGAAGGAGCUGGAGAACAAGCUAAUGACAACAAUCCCACACCUAUGCCAGGGCCAUCACUGACGUUGAGUUUGGCGUGUGGCUCAGGAGAACCGGACGCUCAGCCACUCCCAACUGCUAAUGGGGACACCACAUCUUCGGAGGAGAGCGUUCUAGAGGGUGGGUUCUGAAGGUUUAAUGCGAUCAAGUUAUAAACUAAAUAUGUUGCUGUUUCUGUUAGGAUAUCAUGUACUAAGGUAGUGUCUUACGUUUGGACGGUUAAGAUAAAGUAUAACCUAAGGGGUUGGUUUUUGGGGUUAAACUUUUCUUUAACCGUGGCUGAAUCGGAAGGGUUGAAUAAUUUCUGUUAAGGUUUUUUUAGUCGGGGUGUUGCCGGCAUAGAUGGACCAAAAUUAGGAGUUUAAGAAGGAUGUUUUGGGUUGUGAAAUAUGUUGUACUCGAUCCCAUAAACAUCUUUAAUUUUCAUGGAUUUGUUCCAUGUAUGUAAUGAA